CAUCCGGUUGUUGCCAACCCCGCCUGUGGUCGCAUCCGUUUGCGCCGUAGGCCUGCGACCAGCAAGCAAGCUGCGAACUUCAAAAUCCACCAGUCUACCGCACUGUUUCUCCUUUGGCCGCUUUCCCUAGACACCGGUCAAGAUGAGUUGGGACCCAGCUAGCAGUGUCCUGCCAGCUGAGGAGCGUGACCAAGAAGAGCAGGCCAAGGCUUGGUAUGAUGAGCCCACACGAGCUCUGAACCGGAAACUUGUGGAGGAGAACAGGCAGCUCAAGAAGCUUCUCCGUGAGCACGGAAUCUCCUGGGACCCUCGGUUAACGCUCAACCCCGAUGACCCUACCCGAGGCACUUGGGCUUCCCCCAAGAAAAGUGUUACUCGCAAGUCCAAGGGCCCAGGACCGCUUUCCCAGGAGAACCAGCACUUGCCAAUCCUCCCUGUCGAGCUCCAGGUGUACAUCUUGGAGCACGCCCUGACCAGCAAGUACCCCAUCAUCGACCCUCUGUCAAAAUCGAACAAGGACGCCUUGACCGUGGCUGAGAGAACGCGCGGCAACCAGAUCGCCAUUGGAUUUUUGGCAACCUGCAAGGCCUUUCUCUUGGAAGGCACCCGCUUCCUGUGGAGAAACAAUACAUUCGUCUUCACGUGCCAUCUCGCUUUGCGCAACUUCGCCAACCUCAGCCUUGAAUACCGCAAGGGCAUCAAGCAUGUCACGCUCCGCAUCAUUGCGCGGUACUACGAUGACGAGGAGCGGAAGCAUCUGGCGCCAUACCCGACGUCGGUAAUUUCGUACUACAGGACCAUCAAUCUCAAGGCCAUUCCACGCAUCAAGGAAGCAACUCUCUCCCGCAAGGGCUUCCGCAGUUACGCUUGGGACCAGGUUGUGGAUUUCUUGGACGCCAUGCGGCCCCCGUAUGACCCCAACCACCCCAAAGGACAGCCACGGCCUCGUCUGCUUCCCAGUCUGGAAUGCCUGAGGAUGGAUUUUGUCAACUUUCCGGACAGUUACCUCACUCCUGGGGGAGGUCCUUCUCUCCACAACUUCGCAUCUCACGAUCUUGGAUGCAGUCUGAACGAACUUCAGAUCACCGGCCUCCCAGACUGCGACUUUGGCGAAGAACUGAUUGCCGAGCUGACGGGCAUGGUCAAGGAUGAUGGACUCCUCUUGAAAUCCGACGCCACCUUCGUGUUCUCGGGAAACCAGCUCCGGCCGAUGGCGGGUCGAGAGCGGUGGAUGCCAGAGUGGAUGCCCAAGGUCGUCCGCUCAUGGAAGGUUCUUGCGGAAGAGUACGCCAGCACCAAGCGGACGUCAUCGAGCCAAAGUUCGCAAUCUUCUCAUGUCCGUCGUCAUUCCCACGCCAAGAUGCCUCCUGCUCCCAAGGAAGAAGGCCACCCCGUGUCUCCAUGGAAGAAGCGCCGCACCCUGUUCAAAACCAUUCCGCUCGAACAGGAUGACGACUAUCGCUUUUGGAUGGAAUUUGACAGACUCACUGGCCUGCCAAUUGAGCCGGACGAGUACGAUCCCGAAGACGACGACUACGACAUCGAAGAUCUCGUUUGUCCCAGCUGCGACGUAAUCCACCCCCCCGUUGGGGACCACUAAACAGAGCUUUUCGUCUUGUUGGAGGCCUAUCUGGCUGUAAGAGAAUAUGGAUCGCCGUUCGAUCGCAUCGGCGCUUCGAAGUGGCACACGAUGAUCGGGAUGUCGUUUCAAAAGGCUUGUCGGCCACACCAGCUUCGCCAUGUUUGCUUCUCACGCUUAAUGUAUUAUGUCUUGCUUUUUCCUGUCUCGCGCGGCGUGGAAUGCGGUGAAGGAUC